GGAACGCGGAGUGAGAGAAAUGUGAUGCCCCACGUUGAAGGGCCUGCUCAGGGGGCGUUACGCAUGAGUAAGCAACCUGACCAACAUAUUGUAGAAAGGAGGAAGUGGAAAGCUUCGCUUUCGUUAUUGUCGUUUCUUAAGAAACACGCAGGCGCUGUCUGGGUGCGAACACCUUUUCCUGUCUUAAGUUUUUAUCGGCAGCUGUUUGCAGCCGCGACCAUGACACAUUUCAUCACAUCGGGCGACUAAAACACGGGACAGACGUGUGAUUUUUCUCUUGAUUAUAGGCCUGUGCUUGGCAUGGUAUCAUGGUUUCACUAGGGCAGGGCAGCACGAGCAAAACCACCGAGAGUCCAGAACCAGAAGAAGAGAUGAGGAAGGGAAAACUACUGAGCCCCUCUCCCGUCCAGUACGGUGCCAUCAACAACAACAACCUGGGGGACACCUGUCCCACUUGUCGAGGAACAGGACGAAUUCCCAGAGAGCAUGAAGACCAGCUGGUUGCUGUAAUACCAUGUAAUGAUAAAAGACUGAAACCCAGGCGCACGAAACUCUCUGUGUGUGUCUCCAUGGCUACGUGCCUCUUAGUCUGCUGUCUGAUCCUGUUCUUCCUCUUCCCCCGGAGCGUUAUCCUGACGCCCGUGUCUGUGCUGUCUGUAAUGGUGUACUUCACCCCAGAUACAGUUGAAAUGGAGGUCACGAAUCUCGUCAACAUCAGCAAUGAGAACUUUGUCCCUAUACAAAUUGCUGGGUUUGACAUCCAAGGUUUGGUCUCUCGCACAGUCGUGGGUAAGGCCAAGAUAUCUAACAUGACCAUCAUCAAGUCACGUUCACAGAAAUCAAGUUCUGUUCGAAUUGACCUGUCAAUUGUGGACCCAGGCUUAAACUCCUACUGCAAGACCACUUCCUUUAAGAUUCACACUUUGCUUCUCUCACUGCAAAUGACAAUGAAUGUAUCAUAUCUCUCCCACAUGGAGCAAGUGUCUCUGGAUACCUUUGAGUAUAUUGACUGUGGUGACAAUUCAACUAUCCCACACCCUGUGGGAGGUGACGGCCUGAAAAGCAGAAUACUCACUUUGGGAAGAUGAGUACAGGGGGAAGAGGAGUAUUUUCUUGGAAGGAUUAAUCGUCCUAUGUUCUCUGAAAUGAGAGUUGUCCUCAUUUUUACAUGUAAUCUGUACACCAAAUAUCCAGUUUGCACGCCCUUUUUUGUGGGGUUUACUCUCGUAAAGCAGAAGUGUAUAGCUCUCUGUACGUAUUUGUGAAGGAAAGUUAAACUGUGAAGACAGAAUCAUAUUGAAUGCAAGAUUGUUUCUGGACAAUAAUGUGAAAGACAACAAUGUAGAAAAUGCACUGUGCCAUGUUUUCUAUUGUGUGUUGUUUGCCUCAUAUACUAUACCUUUCAGAUUUCAAUGACCAAAAGGAUUACAAUAAAUACUUUCACCACUCAAUUUUCAUUGGGCUGUCAGAAGUUGCCUGUAACUCAAUGAUACGCUAAAUUUGUUGGCAGGAUGAAAUGUAUUUCAUCACCAAGGUUUGCAUGGUUUUGCACUAAUAAUGGCUCCACUUGUAGCACUUGCACAUUAUUAAACAGUAGCCCAACAUUUUUUUUUUGGAUUGGUGUUUUUUGUUCCAUUUGGAUGCAUUCAUACAGGAUGUCUAUUGCAACUGGCUGUCCAUCUAUGAUGUCUGUGUACUUAAAGAAUGACCAUUUACCAAAUACUGGCUUUACACAUUUAUUGUGUCUUUAUAUGUUAAGGGAACAAUAUUACUGUCUAGAUGACGUCAGGUUAAAAAUCUGAAUCAAGUCCAGUAGUAUGUUAAAGCAUUUUUAGCUGCAGACGAAUAUGCUUAAGCAUUGCUAAGACAUGUAUACUAAGACUUUCUUGGUCGAUGAAGUAGUUUACAGCUAAGAAUGAGCUAGAGGAUUGCGAAUGCAAACAGAAAAUCAACCACCUCCAUGUUUGUUUGUUUGUUUUUCUUUAUUCAAUACUAAUACUACCACUUUUACAAAAAAAUAAAUA